CUCUUGACUCUCAAGCAAUAAUAAUCCAAAACCAAACAUUUAUCCUACUUAAACUUUAAAUACUCUUUAAUAUGAACUGUCACUUUCUUUGUAACAUUUCAUAUUCAAUUUGCUAAUCAGUUUAGCUUUAAACCUAAGGCCUGCAUGAGACUUGCAUUUCACCAACCAGCCUCAGCCUUUUUAUAUCCAAACCCUGACAUUUACAAAUUUCAUAUAAUCCUACUGUUAACACAGAGUUUAAGGCUUGGGGUUUCUUCAUAUUCUCUUUUCAAUUUAGCUAGCAAUGUCUAAAGAAAAUCCGAGAAGGCCUGUUAAGGAGAACAGAAGUCCCUCCAAAGAAAAAGAUGGUCAGAAGCCGAAUUAUAACUUAUUAUCCAAACACCUGAAAAAAGUGUAUCCAGUUGGGGUUUAUAAAGCCAGUACCUCUCCUCUGUCUUUGUCAUCGUUAUCAUUGUCUUUGUCACAAAACUCAAGCGACUCAUUAACAGAUUCUUCUUCUACCUUGGAUCAGAAGAUUGCUGCAGCGAUCCGCCUGAUAAUUCCACGUGAAAAAAGAGACGUUUCAACUGUGGCUAGAUACAUGCAGAAACUAAGUCCCAGCCACAAUGGUGAAGGCUUGAAUAGGUGUAACUGGAUUACAGCAAAUAGCGAUAAAGUCUAUGUGCAAUUUCACGACGAGUGCUGGGGAAUUCCAGUAUACGACGACAAUCAGCUGUUUGAACUUCUUGCAAUGUCUGGCAUGCUGAUGGAUUUUAACUGGACUGAGAUUCUGAAGAGGAAAGAUCUAUUCAGAGAAGCAUUCGUGGGAUUUGAUCCAUCAACUGUUGCCAAAAUGGGAGAAAAAGAGAUCAUGGAAAUAUCCUCCAACAAAGCCAUUAUGUUAGCAGAAAGCAGAGUCAGAUGCAUUGUAGACAAUGCAAAAUGCAUCGAAAGGAUUGUGAAGGAGUAUGGAUCUUUCAGUGGCUAUAUAUGGGGAUAUGUGGAUUACAAACCAGUGAUUAACAGAUUCAGAUAUCCGAGAAACGUACCUCUGAGAUCACCAAAAGCAGAAGCCAUCAGCAAGGACUUGUUGAAGAGAGGGUUUCGAUUUGUUGGACCUGUGAUCGUGUACUCAUUCAUGCAAGCUGCAGGGAUGACCAUUGAUCAUCUUGUUGAUUGCUUUAGGUUUAUUGAUUGUGUAAGUCAUGCAGAGAGACCAUGGAGACAUGUCUAACGAUAAUAAGUUAAUAACUACCAAGGAGUAUUUAUUACUAACUUUAUCAGUGAAGUUGGUAAUAAUUUAUGUUCAAGCAAAUCCAAUUUUUUCGUUUGCACCAGCUGCUGCUACAAGGACUACGAAGCUUGGAUUGUGCAGCAGCAAGAUCACCAAUCGUUUACACUUAGUAAUCAGACGGAUGCUUUAGAGAGUAAGAAGCUUUGGAGUGUGCAGAGUUCAUUUAUUGUAAUUAUGUAUAUAAUAUUUAAUAAUUAAUAACAUCAAAUUGAUAUUUGAUUUCCCAA